AUGGAUUUCAAUUCGCCUAACUCCGUCGAGGAUACGGUGCGACUAUCUGCGAAGCGUACCGCGGAGCUUUUUGGCCCGGAAUAUUUGAUGGUCACUCCCUCAACUCUCACGGACGGCUCGAUUGGUGUUUCCUACCGGCGGAAGGCGGAAUAUGAAGAUGUCACAGAGCUACCCCGCGCGCUCGCGGAAAAGCAGGCGAAGGCUACAGCUGGCCGGACGAAACGACCCAAGAUCCAGGCACAGAAACCCGCCGACGGCAGCGGAGCAUCCAUGUCGCUCGUGAGGCGGCCAUCUAGCACGGGUGCUGGCGCAGCAGCCCCCGACACCCAGCCCACGAGCUUGAUCCAGAGACCUUCAGCUACCCAACAACAAAAGCCGGAAUGGCACGCGCCUUGGAAGCUGAUGCGCGUUAUCUCGGGUCAUUUGGGAUGGGUGCGCGCUUUGGCAGUGGAACCCAACAAUCAGUGGUUUGCUAGUGGUGCUGGAGAUCGCACAAUCAAAAUCUGGAACCUCGCAACGGGCGCCUUGCGUCUGACACUGACCGGUCAUAUCUCCACGGUCCGCGGAUUGGCAGUUUCACCGCGGCAUCCGUACCUUUUCUCGUGUGGUGAAGAUAAGAUGGUCAAAUGCUGGGAUUUGGAAACCAACAAAGUCAUCCGCCACUACCAUGGCCAUCUGAGUGGUGUGUACACACUGGCUCUUCAUCCUCGUCUGGACCUUUUGGUCACUGGAGGUCGCGAUGGUGUGUGUCGAGUUUGGGACAUGCGGACGCGAAGCAAUGUCCAUGUCCUCGGUGGACACAAGGGUACAGUGGCAGACAUCAAGUGCCAAGAUUCGGAUCCUCAAAUUAUUUCUGGUUCGCUGGACUCUACAGUCCGACUGUGGGAUCUGGCUGCUGGUAAAAGUAUGGGCGUCCUGACACACCACAAGAAGGGUGUUCGCAACAUCGCCAUUCACCCUACUGAGUGGACCUUCGCCAGUGCCAGUACUGGCAGCAUCAAGCAAUGGAUGUGUCCCAAGGGUGAUUUCAUGCAGAACUUCGAUGGUCAAAAUGCCGUCAUCAACUCCCUUGCUGUCAACGAUGAUAAUGUUCUCUUCUCCGGUGGUGACAAUGGCUCCAUGUCCUUCUGGGACUGGAAGACCGGCCACCGCUUCCAGUCUGUCGAGACCACCGCACAGCCCGGUUCACUUGAGGCGGAAGCUGGUAUCAUGACAUCUACCUUUGAUCGCACUGGUCUGCGUCUGAUCACCGGUGAAGCUGAUAAGACCAUCAAGGUUUGGAAGCAGGAUGAAGAUGCCACACCUGAGACCCAUCCUCUGACUUGGACUCCCACCCUUGGUAGACAACGGUACUAG